GUGGGAUGUGUUGUCCGUUCCCCCUCGCCCUACCCUGUCCUGUGCUGCCUUAGCUUAGCUUGUUCCUCUCCUGUGCUGCUUUAAUUCGCCUAUCCGUCCCCAGACCCCCCUCUGCAAUGCUGCCGCUGUGGCAGCUCCAAAUUCCCCAAAAACUGUAAAGUCUGAUUCUCAUUUCCUUCACUCUUUCUUGAAGACGCUCAACCUGAGGAUCAAUGGGCCAAGAAACAAGAAUCUGAAAUGGAAAUGGAAUAAUCCAACAAUUGGGAAUUUUUAUUCUGUGACAAGUGGAUACUGAUUGGAUUUAGUGAAGGUGUGAGUGUCCAGUCGGUUCUGCAUGAGGAGGCUUUGCCCCCAACUCCAAAGACUACACCUGAAAUAGUCUCCAUAUCACCAUGGCUGAAGGCACCAAACCAGCCUCCUCUGCAGCCACUGGGUCCAAUGGAGCAACAGCGGCACAGUCGACCUCUCUAAAAUCCAGAGGUCUGGAUCUCCUCAGGACGGUCAAAGUAUCUGUGGAGCUCAUGAUCGCCCUUGUCGCGCUCCUGUCCUGGGUGGUUGUAGGCGUGGUGAUGUUUGACUUUGUCGAAUACAAGGCAGUCCCUGACAUUCAACAAAUCAUUACAGACCCUGUACAAGCAGUAAACGACGCUGUUGAUGAAGUAUCCAGUCUAGUAAAUAAGUUUCAAGAAUGUGCACCUGAUUUAAGUGACCCCACGUCCGUUGCCACGUACACAGCUGAAGAAAUAGGACUAGCAAAAGAUGGAGUCGUUCGAUAUUUUUCAGAUGAGGAUGGCAAUUUCUACCUUAGUUACAUUGACCCUGUGGUCAUUGGAAGACAAGCUUUCCACACUGCUGAUGACUUCAUGAAAGACGUAGGGGGCACCGUCAGGGACACCACAUGUGCUAUGAUAGAUAGUGUAGUUGAUGCUAUAAAGGAUAUAAAUACAGGAGAAACGGAUCUUAGCUACAUAGACCCUGUAGUCAUAGGCAGAAAUGUCUUCAGCGUCACUAAUGAGUUCAUGUGUGGAGUUGGAGGCUCCAUCCAGCAUGUGCUCUGUGCCAUCAUAGACACUAUUUUAGAUGUAGGAAAAGGAAUUUACCAAGGAACCACGGAUGUCAGCUUCGUUGAUCCGGUGGUAAUUGGCAGAAAAACUUUUCAUAUCAGUAAUGACGCUGUAGGAGGAAUAGUGAGUCACAUCCAGGACGUGCUCUGUGCCAUCAUAGACACUAUACUGGACAUUGUUAAAGGAACCACUGACGUUAGUUUCAUUGACCCUGUGGUUAUUGGCAGAAAUGUCUUCAAUGUUACUAAUGACUUUGUGAGUGGAAUAACAGGAUACAUUCAGAGUGUACUUUGUGCAAUCUUGGAUAUAGUCCUGGACAUAGUGAAAGGAACCACUGACGUUAGUUUCAUUGACCCCGUGGUUAUUGGCAGAAAUGUCUUCAAUGUUAUUAAUGACUUUGUGAGUGGAAUAGCAGGAUACAUUCAGGAUGUACUUUGUGCAAUCUUGGAUGUAUUCCUAAACACUGUAAAAGAUAUCAUGGACGCUGUGGGAUUCAGCCCCAUGUCAAUUCUGAAGACAACAGCAGAAAUCACCAGAGAACAGAUAAACAUGCUGACAGGCUACCUCUCCACAACACUGAUGGGCGAACAAGGUAUCAUGCCUGAGGUGUCAGUUGAUCCCAUGAAAGUGGUCGAAGACGCUGUGUUGGAGUUCAGCGACAAGAAAGAUUUGUUCGUGGCUUACAUGUCGAGCAUGGUUGUUGGUGAUCAAGGUGAACCUGUUACUACACCAGAUGUCAGUGUAGUAACUGAAAAAGAUGACUCUGCAGCGCCAUCAUCUGAUAUAAAUCUGGUGCAAAGGAAAGGUGAAUUCCUUCCACCUAUUGAAAAAGUUGCAGACAUUGUGCACGAUGCCAAAGAUGAAGCUGCUCCUGCUCCAGAGAUAAGUGAAGCCUCAGAUUUAAAGAUGGAGGAGGGGGAAGCUGAGGUUCCCAUCUCCAGUGAAGCAGACAGCAAAGCAGCAGAGGAAGAUGAUGUGAAACUUGCUGAUGCUGAAGAAGAAAAACAUGAACCAUCUCUGGGAGAUGAUGACCAAGUCCUUGCUGAGGAAGAGGAGGAGAAACAGGAGGACACUGAAGAAGUUCAUGCCACCGAGGAGGGAGAAAUUAUUACUAAGGAGGAUGCAGCAGAUACUGAGGAAGAGGAGGAAAAGGAGGAAGUGGAGAUAAAAGUAGAAGGGAGUUCUGCUGCAGAAGAGGAGGAGGAAUUAAAAACAGAGGAGAAGGAAACAGAAGACCAAAAGGCAGAAGAGGAGGAAGAAGAGGAGACUACAGCAGAAGAUGUGGUAGAAGCUGAGGAGGAAGAGGAGGAGAAGAAGGAAGAAGAAAUAAAAACAGAACAGGUGGUAGAAGAUGAGGAAGAGGAGGAGGAGGAGAAAAAAGAGGAGAUAACAACAGAAGAGGUGGUAGAAACAGAAGAGGAGGAGGAGAAGGAGAAGAUAAAAACAGAAGCCGUGGUAAAAUCUGAGGAGGAGGAGGAGGAGGAGGAGGAGAAGAAAGAGGAAAUAAAAACAGAUGCCGUGAUACAAUCUGAGGAGGAGGAGGAGAAAGAGGAGAUAAAAACAGAAGAUGUGGUGGAAGCUGAGGAAGAUGAAGAGGAGAUUUUAGCUUCUACUGCCACCAUCGAAAAAUAUGUGGUGUCUGAGAAAACAGAGGAAAGCAUGGAAAUAACUGACACAGAUGAAGAACUUCAGGUGGACAUGGUUUUGGAGGAAGAAGAAGACAAAGAAAGAGAAACAGAGGGUGAAGUAGAGAUUACGGUAGAGGUGGACGAUGACGUUGAAACAGAACCAUCAGUCCAGAAACUUGAUGUGGAACAUCUGUCUGCUGUGAGGCCUGUUAAUGAGAGUGUAUCUGAUGAGGAGGAUGAAGAAGGAGAAGCACCAAUAUCACUGCCUGUUCAUGACCAAGACAUCACUGAAGACCACGAUGAGAACAACAACAACAGCGAGAGGCUGAAAACUGACCCUGAGAGGCUGAAAAGAGCUGCAUCCAAAGCUGAUCGCAAAGACAUACACCUCGAGAAACAGCUCGAGAAAGUUCUCAAAGAAGCAAAGGAAAGAGAUACAUUAAAAGAAGCUGAAGAAGCCAUUAUUAAAGAUGAAGUAACCCAAUUAUCCAAAGAGGAAGAAGUGGAGAAGCCCUCUGAGAAAAAGAAAGAUUUAUUAGAGCCUGAACUUGAAAAGAAGGAAGCAUCCAAAGACAAAAUUGAGGAGGACAAAAAACCAAAACAAAAGAAAGAAGUAAAGAAAACACCCAAAGAAAAAGAAGAAAAGAAACAUCCAAUACAGGUAAAGAAACUCCUCAAGAAAGAAACAGAAGAAAAGAAACCUCCCAAAGAAAAGGAUGAACUGAAAAAGCCUCAGAAAAAAGUGAAAGAGGAGGAGAAACCUUCCAAAGAAGUAAAAGCUGAAAAGAAACCUCUCAAAAAAGUAAAACAAGAGAAAAAACCUCUCAAAGAAAAGGAUGAUCUGAAAAAACCUCCAAAAGAAAAAGAGGAAGAAGUGAAGAAACCUCCCAAACAAAAAGAAGUGAAGAAACCUUCCAAAGAAAAAGAAGAGGUAAAGAAAGCUCUCAAAGAAAAAGAAGUCAAGAAACCUCCAAAAGAAGUAAAAGAAGAGAAGAAACUUCCCAAAGAAAAGAAAGAAGUGAAGAAACCUCCCAAGGAAAAGGAGGAAGUAAAGAAACCCCCUAAAGAAGUAAAAGAAGAGAAGGAACCUCCCAAAGAAAAAGAAGAGGUAAAGAAAGCUCCCAAAGAAAAAGAAGUCAAGAAACCUCCAAAAGAAGAACCUCCCAAAGAAAAAGAAGAGGUAAAGAAAGCUCCCAAAGAAAAAGAAGUCAAGAAACCUCCAAAAGAAGUAAAAGAAGAUAAGAAACCCCCCAAAGAAAAGAAAGAAGUGAAGAAACCUCCCAAGGAAAAGGAGGAAGUAAAGAAGCCCCCCAAAGAAGUAAAAGAAGAGAAGAAACCUUCCAAAGAAAAGAAGGAAGUCAAGAAAGCCCCCAAAGAUGUAAAGGAAAAGAAGGAACCUCCCAAAGAAAAAGAAGUCAAGAAACCUCCAAAAGAAGUAAAAGAAGAGAAGGAACCUCCCAAAGAAAAAGAAGUCAAGAAGCCUCUCAAAGAAGUUAUAGAAGAGAAGAAAUAUCCCACAGAAAAGGAAGAAGUGAAGAAACCUCCAAAAGAAGAAGAAGUGAAGAAACCACCCAAAGAAAAAGAAGUGAAGAAACCUCCCAAAGAAAAGGAGGAAAUCAAGAAACCUCCCAAAGAAGUGACAGAAGAAGCAAAACUUGCCAAAGGACCAAAAGAUGAAAUAAAGAAACCUCCCAAAGAAAAGGAGGAAGCGAAGAAACCUCCCAAAGAAGUAAAAGAAGUAAAACCUCCCAAAGAACCAAAAGAGGAACUGAAGAAACCACCCAAGGAAAAGAGGGAAGUCAAGAAACCUCCCAAAGAAGCAAAACCUCCCAAAGAAGAAGUAAAGAAACCUCCCAAAGAACCAAAAGAAGAGAAGAAACCUUCCAAAGAAAAGGAGGACGUCAAGAAAGAGGAAGUAAUGAGACUUCCCAAAGAAAAGGAGGAAGCUAAGAAGCCUCCCAAAGAGAAGGAAGAAGUCAAGAAACCUCCAAAAGAAGAGGAAGAAGCCAAGAAACCUCCCAAAGAAGUGAAAGCAGAGAAGAAACCUUCCAAAGGACCAAAAGUGGACGUGAAGAAGCUUCUCAAAGAAAAGGAGGAAGAGGAAGCCAAGAAACCUCUCAAAGAAGUGAAAGAAAAAGCAAAACCCCCCAAAGAACCAAAAGAGGAAGAAAAGAAGCCUCCCAAAGAAAAGGAGGAAGCCAAGAAGCCUCCCAAAGAGAAGGAGGAAGUCAAGAAACCUCCCAAAGAAGUGAAAGAAAAAGCAAAACCCCCCAAAGAACCAAAAGAGGAAGAAAAGAAGCCUCCCAAAGAAAAGGAGGAAGCCAAGAAACCUCCCAAAGAAGUGAAAGAAAAAGCAAAACCCCCCAAAGAACCAAAAGAGGAAGAAAAGAAGCCUCCCAAAGAAAAGGAGGAAGCCAAGAAGCCUCCCAAAGAGAAGGAGGAAGUCAAGAAACCUCCCAAAGAAGUGAAAGAAAAAGCAAAACCCCCCAAAGAACCAAAAGAGGAAGAAAAGAAGCCUCCCAAAGAAAAGGAGGAAGCCAAGAAACCUCCCAAAGAAAAGGAGGAAGCCAAGAAACCUCUCAAAGAAGUGAAAGAAAAAGCAAAACCCCCCAAAGAACCAAAAGAGGAAGUAAAGAAGCCUCUCAAAGAAAAGGAGGAAGCAAAGAAACCUCCCAAAGAAAAGGAAGAAGCUAAGAAACCUCCCAAAGAAAAGGAAGAAGCUAAGAAACCUCCCAAAGAGAAGGAGGAAGUCAAGAAACCUCCCAAAGAAAAGGAGGAAGCCAAGAAACCUCUCAAAGAAGUGAAAGAAAAAAGCAAAACCCCCCAAAGAACCAAAAGAGGAAGUAAAGAAGCCUCUCAAAGAAAGGAAGAAGCAAAGAAACCUCCCAAAGAAAAGGAAGAAGCUAAGAAACCUCCCAAAGAGAAGGAGGAAGUCAAGAAACCUCCCAAAGAAAAGGAGGAAGCCAAGAAACCUCUCAAAGAAGUGAAAGAAAAAGCAAAACCCCCCAAAGAACCAAAAGAGGAAGUGAAGAAGCCUCUCAAAGAAAAGAAGGAAGCCAAGAAACCCCCCAAGAAGUGAAAGAAGAAGCAAAAA